AGCUUGGAGCCCAGCCACUGAACAUCCUGUUUUCACUGAACUUGUCUUUCUUCUUCCAGGUUUCUUCCCUUCAUUCCUGGUCACAAAGCUGCUGCAACAGCACCAAGGAUCUGUAGAGGUGAACGGAAACAAGAGAGGACGUGCAGCCACCCCCUGGUCCCUGAAAGAUGGAAGGUGCAAAGGAAAAGAUCAUCCUGAACGUUGGGGGAAUCAGGCAUGAAACUUACUGUAGCACCCUCCGCACCUUCCCAGGAACCAAGCUGUGCAGGCUCACAGAGCCUCAUGCCCAUAGCAUGUACGAGUAUGACUCUAGCACCAAAGAAUUUUUCUUUGACAGGAGCGCUGAACUCUUUGGCUAUGUGUUGAACUAUUACAGAACCAAGCAUCUCCAUUGCCCUGCAGACACCUGCAGGUCAGUCUUAGAAGAGGAGCUGGCCUUCUGGGAGAUAAGUGAUGCACAGUUAGCACCCUGUUGUUGGCUGAAGCUGAACAACAAGGAAAGGCAGCCAGAAGAGUUCAAUAUGUGGGAUGAGAAUGAGCUUGCUGAUGACCAGUGUCUCAUAGUCCAGAUGGAAAGAAGGGAUUUCAGCUGGAGAGCCAGGUGGCAGCCAAAGAUCUGGGCUAUCUUUGAAAAGCCUUAUUCCUCAGUAGGAGCCAAGUGUUUGGCUGUCGUUUCCUUGCUGUUCAUCAUUGGCAUCGUCAUCAUAUUCUGUGAGGAGACAAAGGCCCAGUUUGAUUUCUUUGCUGGUAACUUCACCAUAGUCAGCCAUUCUGAAGUCACCCAUGUCGUCCAUGAGCCGUACUACCACCAGGCUCCGUACUUGCUCCACCUGGAGCUUUUUUGCGUCCUCUGGUUCACUUUUGAAUUUUCAAUGCGGUUUUGCUUCUGCCCAGACAAAAAGAAGUUCCUCAAGAACCCCCUGAAUGUUGUUGAUUUUCUCUCCCUCUUCCCAGUUUACAUUGAGCUCUUCACAGCCAAGCAGAUCCAGAAAAUGCCAACACUUGGCCUUUGGCUUGGCUCUGUGCGUGUAGUCUAUCUCCUCAAACUCCUGAAGAUAUCCAAGCUCAUAGAGACCCCUCUGAUCCUGAGAGUCCUGUCCUACACACUCAAGUCCAUCCUCCGAGAGAUCUGUAUCCUGCUGAUGAUGCUGGCCUUUGAAACCCUCUUCUUUGGCUCCCUCUUUUUCUAUGGAGAGUUGCUGGGAAUUCAUCCUUCCUUCACUGGAGAUUUACACUUCACAGACAUUCUCAUUUGCUUCUGGUGGGCUCUCAUCACACUCACUACGGUGGGCUAUGGAGACAUCAUCCCUCUAACUACGUUUGGCCAAGUGACAGCUGCCUUAGCUGCAAUAUUCGGCAUGUUAACUAUUAUCAUCCCAAUCCCCAUCUUCCUAGCCAAGUUUAAAGGCUACUAUGCCAUUGCCAUAUCCAAACAGAAGCUGAAAAUGAGCAGAAAGCAAUAAUGCCAUUGAUAGUAGAGCUGCUGCCACUCUGUGCCCUUCAGCAUUAAUUCUGAUGGGAUUUGUUCCAACCACAAAGCGGAUUGAGCACAUACAUUUAGAAAUAUUCCAUGCCACAUUUAUUUGCCCAGUGGCAGGGACCGAGAUGCAAGUUGUAGCUUUCAGUUUUAGUGGCUAA